CAGUCUGUGUGUGUCACUUCACUUCGUAACGUGGGGCUGCGUCCUGCCAACUCCAGUCUGUUCAACUCGAGGCCGGUAGCCGCCUGCGUUCAAGUGCCGAAACUACCUUACCGAAGGAGAAGGGGACAACUGCUCACUGCUAUCCGGGAAAGGUUACCGCGGGUAUCCCCUUGAACUGAAGUCUGGACGGCUGCUUGAGAGCAGGUGCCCUUUAUCAAGAGCCUGGAACCGGUUUGAACAGGGCAGGACGCACCUUUGAUGAAGCAUUUGUCCAUUUCCAAGUGGCUUGCCCAGUUGGGGCUCCCAGAGUACUUGAAGCUCUUUGACGAAGAAUAUGAUGGCGUGGAGGAUUUGCUGCAUUUGACAGAGGCUGACCUGAGACAGCUGGGAAUUCAGAACCAGACACACAGGACUCGUAUCGUAUCCAACAUCUUCCUCCUGCAGGAGAGCGAGAGACUGAAAGAGCUGAAGAUGAUGGCAGCAGGGAAGUAUGCAAGUUUGCCUCGCAAGGCCCACACUGACCGCAAGUGCUCGCUCGCAUCCUCGAUGGAGACGCUGGAUGCUGGGGACAGCCUCUCUGUCCAGCAUUCCAGUUUGUUCCAGAGCGUCUCCAUCCACGGCACACUCCCAAGAAAGAAUAGCAGGAAGCUGUCUCUCCCAAGUUGUGGCACAUACGCACCCACGGAAAUUCAAUCCCUGUCGCUGCAAUCUCGAUUGCGCAAAACAUCUUGGUCAUGUGAUGUCAUCGAAGAGCAUCCCUCCCAAGAUGCCAAGGAAUACCAUUCUGGGGACAAGCACAUCGCAGACUUUACCCUGGAGUACGUCAAGUUCUCAAAAGAGAGGUACAUAAUGGAUUCAACACCUGAGAAGCUGAAAAAAGAGCUGGAGGAGGAGCUGAAAUUAAACAGUGAAGACCUGCGAAGUCACGCCUGGUACCAUGGUCGCAUUCCCAGGAAGGUGGCAGAGACUUUAAUUCAGAGAGAUGGAGACUUCCUCAUUCGUGACUCUCUCUCUAGCCCUGGAAACCAUGUCUUGACCUGUCAGUGGAAAAAUACUCCUCACCAUUUCAAGAUCAACAGAGUGCUCGUUCGGCUUAACGAAGGCUACUCCCACUUGCAGUACCAGUUUGAGCGGGAGAGCUUUGACAGCAUCCCCGCACUGGUCAGGUGUUAUGUGGGGAAUCGCAGGCCGAUCUUCGAGCAGGUCGGGGCCAUCAUUUUCCAGCCUAUAAAUCGGACACUUCCACUGAGGUGCGUAGAGGAAAAAUACGGCACGGCUCCUGUGGUCAAGGAGCAGUUCUGCCAAGUGCCAGCUGGGAAGUCGGACACAGCAAAGCGACUGAGCUUGAAUAUGUUAAAUGGCUCCAGUCAGGACUGCACUUUAUCACCAGGAAACCUUUUGAGGAAUAAAGACAAGAGUGGGAGCCAGCCUGCAUGUCUUGACUACGUGCAAGAUAGACGACAGCCCUUGAAGUCUCACCAGUCUGAGAGUUACCUCCCUUUGGGAAUGAGGUCUCCUGCACCACAGCCCCACCCUCCCCAGCAACAGCAGCUCAAUGGAUCAGAAGGGACUGCUCGGAACAAGUCACCAGUGUUUAGAACCGGCAGCGAGCCUGCUCUCAGUCCCACCUGCUUCCGAAUGCCCGUUUUGGAAUCUCAAGUUGGGGAAGCGCUGAGAGGCUCUGACAGUCAACUCUGCCCUAAACCACCCCCAAAGCCCAGCAAGGUGCCGUCUCUAAGGGUGCCUAAUAGGCCUUCAUUAAUGAACAGUGCUGGGAAGGACAAAUGUGAUGAGAUGAAUGCAGGCACCCUGGAGAGGGGGCGCGGUUACUGUCAGCAUGAUUCCCCAGUGGACAGGCUGUGUUUCCCCCAGCCUGACAGUUUUGUAGAAAGACUUAAAACUGAGGAAGCAUUGAAGACCACAUUUCCAAGUUCCAAAUCCGCCUGCAGCACGCCGGGCGACAGCUCGAUCCUGUUCACAGUCUCUCCUGUUGAAGACAAGGAGAAGGUGAGGACACCAGCCCUUUUCAGACCUGUCUUCGAAAAUGUCUCCUGCUUUAGGCCAAAUGACUUCAAGUCAAAGCUGCUUCCCUCUGACAACAAGCCCCUGGACACCUCUGUGAUCAGACAUGUUAAGGAACUGUUUACCAAAACUGAUACGACAACUAUUGCCAAGCACAUCCUGCAAGUGGACAGCCAGGUUGCUAGGAUACUGAAUGUCUCUGAAGAAAUGAAGCAGCAAAUGCAAGUGAGCUCGGGUCUGGAGCUUAUUACUCUGCCUCACGGGCACCAACUGCGUUUGGAUUUAAUUGAAAGGUACAAUACUUUGACUAUCGGGAUUGCAGUGGAUAUCCUGGGUUGCACAGGAAGUGUUGAAGAGAGAGCUGCAGUGUUGGCCAAGAUUAUCCAACUGGCACUGGAGCUGAAAUACUCCAUGGGGGAUCUGUAUGCCUUCUCUGCUGUAAUGAAAACCUUAGACAUGCCACAGAUUACACGAUUAGAACAAACCUGGACUGCACUGCGUCGCAAGCACACUCAGAGUGCCAUUGUCUAUGAGAAAACGCUUAAACCAUGUAUCAAAGCUUUAAAUGAGGGAAGAGAAGAAGUUGCACUGAGUAAGAUGACGAUUCCACACCUCAUGCCUCUCAUUGUUCUCAUGGAACGGCAGUUUGUCACCUUUGAAAGCACAGAGUUGUGGGAAACCAUUGAGCAGGGCUGUGAAAUAAUGCUCAAGCAUCUGGAAGAUGCACGAUCCAUCGCACACAAUGCUGACGUGUACAAAAUGAACACAAAAAGGAUUCUUGAAGAUUUUGAGCCGGAUGAAGAAAUGCUCGAGACAUUUCAGACUGAGUUCGCAAUGAGGUUGUUGUGGGGAAGCAAAGGAGCACAAGUUAACCAAACAGAGCGAUAUGAAAAGUUCAUGAUGAUUUUGACUGCUUUAUCACGAAAACUUGAACCACCAUCUUGGCAUCUGGACCACUAGCUAAUUCUGGAAAUACAAUGCAGAAGACAGCCUGUUGUUAAAGCACACUUCAUACAAUAUUCAACAAUAACCAAGAAAUGAUCUUCACUUCUACAUAUCAGUGUUUUAGCCACUUGCUGUCUUGUACUGUAUCUCAGCAGCUUCUGCUUGCACGCCUCUAACAUUCCAAGUGAAUUUUUUGUUGCAACUAACUCCAGUGUACAGAAACAUUCAUGGGUUGUUUCUGACCUAGUUAGUAAACUCUAUUUCUAUGUGUAUCAAAUUGCCAUGUCACCAUGGUAUUAAAGAUAGUUGUAGGUUGCUCUAGAGCAGCCUUUGACGCUGUGUAUGGGCGAAGGUUCUGUCCUCGGUGAAAGCCAGUGACUUUCAACUGUCUGGGUAAUGCAUCUUUCGAAUAUUGGUCAUUGUAAAUAUCAAAUAUGAAGGUAAUCUCUUUUGUCUGAAGGCUUCAGCCAUUUAAUAUAUUUUACUGUAAAAUUGUAAAUAGAAUUCUGUAAAAACAAUUAGUGGUAUUUUAUGCAGUACUGCAAAUUACUGUGCAGAAUAUGUAUUUGUGUGACCCAAUAAAAUUGCACCAUUUCUUAACAAGGUGGAAAUGUUCACGCUCGAUGCCACAUAAGGGUUGUCAACCAAGCAAGUCACAAUUAGUGGGAA